AUGCCUCCGGCCCCGAACCCCGAGCUGAGACAGCAGGUCAUUGCCAUUUACAAGCGCAAGUCAUUCCUCUCCCUCCAUGCUCUAAAACUCCUCUACCUCGGUCGUGACUACCCCCAGGGCUACGACUUCUUUCGCCCGCGACUGCAUCGAGCCUUCAUGGCCAACGCGAACCUCACCGAUGAGGGGGCUAUUCGGGCGGGCAUCGCCAGAGCCGACUUUGUCAGGAAAGGUAAUGUGGUCAUUGCGAUGGGUUUCUUUCCCAUGUUCUUACGGCAAUCAGCGAGACGGGACGAAGUACUUUGGUGGGAACCAGAACGAAGCUAA